AUGUUCUCCAAGAAAAGGGUGGUAGUGAAACGGCUAAGGAGUUUGGUGAUUUCUCCAGUUGUUGAAAAGUCUAGCAUGGCUGUGGAAACGUCAACAAACAGGGAUCAUUCUGGCAAGAAGAAUCAGGGAAAAGUUCCUAAGAGAAUUUCCAAAGCUGAGAGAGAGAAAACAAAGCGUGAACAUUUGAACGAACUCUUUCUUGCUUUGUCUAAUGCUUUAGAAUUAUCUGAGCAGAACAAUGGUAAGGCCUCUGUAUUGGAUGAGGCAAUUCGUAUGGUGAAGAACACACUAGAUGAGAUCGACUGUCUCGGAAAAGAAAAUACAGCAUUGUUGUCUGAAUCUCAAUAUGUAAGCAUGGAGAAAAAAGAGGUACAAGAUGAGAAUUCUGCUCUGGAGACCCAAAUUGGAAAACUGCAAUGUGCACUCAAGGGGAGGGUUUCUGGUUCGCAACUCGACCUAAACGUAGCCCCGCCUGAAUGUGAGCUUCAAGAACUGGAAUCACAUGUUGGUGAUGACCAUCAUCAUAGAUUGGCCUGUAUGGAACCGGUUGCUAAUCCUUUAUUUCUCGUCCCCGUCUGCUAUCAAGAGCCUGCUAUGACAGAAAUUGCAGGUAAGCCUAUGCCGGUUGUAAGCAAACCACAUCCUAGAUAUCCUACUGAAGUAGACACAUGGUCGUCUGAUUUCUUGAAGACCAAUCAGAGUUAG